UGAAUCAGGAGAGGGAGUCUAAGAACUCUGAAAAUCACAUUCAGGGGGUGGAGUUAUUGCCUUUGGCUGCUCCACCCUCACUUUGUGUCAGCAGGUAGAAAGUGCUUGUAGUCCUAGGGGAGGGAAGCCAAGAGCACAAGCUACAAACUACUUUUGCCUUCCAGGAGCUAAGCCAGUUGUGAUUUUCGGGAAAGAAGACUUUUUCAAGAGCUCUGCAGAACUUUUCAAGUUCACUUCAUCCCACUGGGCCGUUUUGCCUUUGAAGAAUGAUUGCAUUGUGUUUUUCAUGCAGUCUUCUGAUGGAUAUCUGCUGUUUCAAGCAACUGCCAUCCUGCGUACUGUUUAGAUAUGCCUACUAUGUUUGCUGAAAGAAGGAGCGACUACUCAAAUUCAAAAGGAGUUUCCAGAAAUUUUCCUGGAUUUUUAGCAAGAUUUUUAAGUUGUUUUUGGAAACUAGAUUUCAGCCACGCCUGACUCACAAGCCUUCAGCCGAGAGUCAAUUUUUCUUUCUGAUUCAGACUCUGGAAUUUCACAUUUACCUGUAUAAAGAGUUUCUGUGAGUUUUCCCUACUUCCCUUUCCUUACCUGAAAUUUGUAGGUAAGAUUCAGAAUACAUUUUGAUAAUUUAAAUAUUUUGUCCAAGAUUUUUCAAAAAGCUGCUGGGUUUUUUUUCUCAUGGAUUUUUAGAGGCACAACUAUGUAACAGGUUUGCAUACCCAUUUAAAUUUAUUUUUUCUUUCUCUGAUCAGUUUAACUGAUAAAUUUCUGCAGCUUUUCUAAAGCUUUAAUAACAAGCAUGUUUUUUGUUUAAUUGUGUUAAUUUGCAUUUAACUUCUAAAAGGAAACACAUUCUGAGAUUUGCACAGCUAUGAAAUAAAACACAGGUGUAUCUGUAGUUGUUUUUCCUGUUUUUUUAGCUUCCAAGUUCUGGAAAACAUCUGAGAAAUGCCUUUUUUAUUUCAUAAAUUUGGGGAGCUACGGACUAUAUUUUCUGUAUUAAAAAUGACAAACCGCUGGAAAAUUCCAACUUAAAAAUUUUUAAUUCAACAAAGUGAGUAAGGCAUUGGAGGAGGCAUUGGAGGCAUGCAAAUAUGAAUAAAAGAUCAAACAGAUGACAAUGAGUAAGAAAAACCAGGUUUGCAUUCAAAUUCCUAAAUGCAAGUACAUGCAUGGUUACUCUGUGCUUUAAUGUGUGGCAUAAAUAGAAGCAAAAGACAAAAGUAGUUGGCAUUAACAGAGAAAAGAAUAUAUGAAAAAAGCAAUUCACUUUUCAGGAGUCAUCAGAUGACCUUAGCAGCCCUUGUUAUCAGGUUUGGUCCUGUUUGCCAUCCUAGGAUCUAAAAGCCUGAAAGGAUUUGAGAAGCUGAUAUUGUCUUCCAUGGGGAACUGUCUAAAAUCAGGUAUAGCAGAAUUCCUAGAAGAAACCAAGUGCUCUUCAUACCAUAUGCUAUUCAUACCCCAUUGGUUUUUCUCACCAUGUCUGAAUUUAUCUGGAGGAGGAGGAGGAGGAGGAAGACCUGAUCUGGGGUUCUUAUAAUCUUGUGAAGCUCAAGGAUUUUACAAACACGUGGCAUGAAGAAACUUUGAGAAAAGGGGGAGAGGAAAGCCUGGAAGAAGCUCCAGGUAACUACCCUUUGCUUCUUGUUUGCCCCAUUGACUGCAGUUGCAGAGGGCUAUAAUCCUCAACAAUUUUACCAGUUGUUGGAACCUGCUGGUGGGGUGAGGACACAUUCCUGAGCAGUAUGUGUGGCCAGAGCACACUGCUGCAGCUGGGAGCAUGAGUGUUGGCCCCCAGCUACAGCUGGCAGUCCUCUGGCCUUGGCUGCUAAUGGCUAUGCUGCAGAUACGACUAGGCUACUCGGGACUGGCACUGGUGGCAGCAAUGGAAGCCGAGCGGACUUUGGCCCAGAAGGCAAUAAUUCGGGUAAUUCCUUUCAAACUGGAACCCCUCACACUGGAAGGAGUCUUUGCUAGCAUUGCAGAGAUCACCCCUGCUGAAGGCAAACUGUUGCAGUUCCACCCCCUCUCUUUGUGUAAUACCAGCGAGGAUGAACAUACUGUUCCAGGAUUUGUCUCCAUUGUCAAAUUGGAAAGGCCUGAGCGGGAUCUCCGGCCAUGCCUGUCAUUGGCCAAUAAGGCAAAACUGGCAGGGGAGAGGGGAGCUCGGGCUGUUCUUUUUGACAUUACAGAUGACCAGAGUGCUGCUGACCAGUUGAGGAAGCCUCAAGAGCUGAGUCAUCCUGUUGUUCUGAUCUGGGGCCACAAUGCUGAACUUCUCAUGAGAGUGGUGAACAAUAACCGUGAAGCCCAUGUGAAGAUUGAGGUGAAGGAAAUGCCAGCUUGGCCAGAUUACGAUGUUUGGAUACUCCUCACCGUUGUGAGUACCGUACUGGUCAUUGUUGUAAUCUUCUUCGUUCGCACUCGUUGUCAGCCAAGCAGAAAUCAGACGAAUGUGCAGGAAGCGACCAUGCAAGCCAUCAACCGGCUGGCCAUACGGAGGUAUCAAAUCCCUCAUCGGCAUGCCCCAACGGGGGACUCUGUUAGCACCUGCAGUUCUCCUCCCAUAUGUGCAAUCUGCUUGGAAGAAUUUUGUGAGGGGCAGGAACUACGGAUAAUCACUUGUUCCCAUGAGUUCCAUCGGCAGUGUGUGGACCCUUGGCUCCAGCAGCACCAAACAUGUCCAUUAUGCAUGUUCAACAUUGUUGAUCGGAUUCCCCCUACUUUACCCAGGCAAUCUCGUGAGGACCGACACAAUUCUGGAUCUAGACAGAGGCCUCAUUUAUUCCGGCAACGACCCGGGCGUGCCUUAUACCACUUCUCACGAACUGUCCCUCAAAUGCCCUCCAGGAACUGCUCUUCAGUGGGCUCCCGUGGCCACCCUUUCUUCCACUCUCCUGAACUCUCCCAGUUGGAUUUUGGAACUAUGCAUUACUUGCCCUAUAGGCCAAUUGGCUUUGAGCCUUGGUGUGGCCACCAAGCGCCUCUCAGCAGAAGCUUGUUACGUUCUCAGCAUCACCUGGAGUCCCCAGUGUGUGAGCCAGCCCUGCCCUCUCAUAGGCUGUGUCUGCUUCAACACCAGCCCUCUUGCCAAGGUCUCAGGGCUCCCCUUGCAGCUCAGAUAAAUCAUGCUGUUCCUUUACAUCGAGGAAUUCGCCACGGGAGGCAUCACCACCACCACAGUAGUGGUUCUGGGGAGAGUUAUCUUACAGAACCCAGUGGAUACCUUCCUGAUGGCCCUGGUAGUGAUUCCAGUUCAGGUCCUUGCCAUGGCAGCUCCAGUGACUCCAUGUUGAAUUGCACUGACGUCAGUCUUCAAGCUAUCCAUGGCAGUUGCUCUACUUUUCAUAGCUCCCUGAGCAGUGAUUAUGAUCCGUUCACCUUCUGUGGCUCAGAGAAACUGACCACCGAAAACAAACAAGAUUCUUCUUCAUCUGGGAAGGAUUCACAGCUGCAGUCGGUAGAUUCAAGGGUAACAAGUAGAGCACAACUAGCCAGUAAUCAUGUCCACUAUCAUCACCAUCACCACAGGCAUCACCAUUAUGGGCAGAAACCUUCCAGCUGUCCAAGUGGCAGACCAAACCAAGAGUCUAACCCACGCAAGAUGAAAUAUUCCAGGACAAAAGUGGUACCAAAAAGGACAGAGAAAAUGCAAAUGCUAGAUCUUUCUAGGCAAGGACACACUGAACUGUAUUUGGCAGAUGGGUCUGACAUUAGCAUGACAGCCAGUAGCCAAGCUGGAACUAUUGGACUGUGGGGUACUCAGAAACACCAUGCACAAAUCCAUCCAGGUAGGAGAUGGAAGUGUCCUCUUGAGACGUCACCAGAGGACUCCAGCACAACCCUGGAAUGCAGAAUUGCUAGUAAUCCCGGUGGUUCUUCUAGAAACCAGGGUUCCUCAGAAAUUCAACCUCUUUUAGUAGGUGGUCCUCCUGCACAUAAUUUUGCAGCAUUGCCGGAGGUAUCAAAAUGCCUAACUCCAUGUUUUACCAUGGAGACCCAGGAAAAGAGGGAUAUGCUGGGACAAUUAGAUUGUAAACACACAUUUCCAGAAGAAUGUUCAGACAUGGAUGCAACAAGAAGCAACACAAGCUCUUACCUCAAUAAUAGAGUUCUGCAAAACCUUCAGGGAUCUUCAGAAGAUAUCCCCAAUGUGUAUGAACAUUCAGUUUGAUGUGAGGUGAACUUUACUCUAUCAGACAGCCUAAGAGAAGAGACCAGAAACUCAGUGAGAAUGGGCUUUCUUACAAACUCUUCAUGCCUCUUUCGUUGGCGUUGCAGUACUUAAAAUCUUGCUACAUUUUCUGUCCAGACAAUUCAACCCACAAGUGGUCACCUGACUGUCAGAACUAUAAGCUGCCAAUGUCACUUGCAUUGUUUUGGGAAGCUGCCAUCUUGAAGAUGUUUUCAUUUGUUGCAAUGGAGGAUCCUUACUGUUCAUAUUGUUCCUUAAGGAGAGUGGAGUGAAAUCAUUUAAAAUUUUUAGGGGGGAAAAGAGCCACCAUAAAGUUCAUUUACAUUUGCUUUUCAACUGCAAAAUAGAAUGCAGGAACAACCCUACACUUUCACCCCAUUCCAAGAGCAUCUAUGAUAUAUGCAGGUUGAAAUUAGACAGAGGAAUCAUUCCAUUUCUUUUCCUGCUAUUUUUUUUUUCCUUCUGAUGUGCCUAUGAGUCUUGGUUCAAGACGAAUGUAGUUUGCAAGAGCCAAACUCUCUUCCCCAUCCUCAGCAAAGGGAGUAUUGGAGGUCACUCUGGUUCUGUCUCGUAGGAAUGUUGUUCCUGUUCAAUUUGUCAAGAAGUCUAGAAGGUGCAUAUCUCCUUCCCUUCCAAAUACUGUCAGCUACAUCAGAUAAUAACAUGGGAGAAUUUCAAAUCUGCUGCAUGUGAAUUACAGCUACUGGCUGUACUAACUGAAAUGCCUGAUCUUUGAGGAGAAAAAAGACCUAAUAGCACUAAUUGAUGGUUAUUUUAUUUCUGACCAUUUAGAAAACUCAGUUGAAACAUGGCAGAUAGGAAUAUUGCAGGAUGCCAUAAGUCAGUGAUGGCAAACCUUUUUGGCACUGAGUGCCCAAACUGGAAUGCGUGUGUGCAUGCGCCGGAGCACUGGAAACCUGAAGACCAGCUGGCUGGUGCACGCAUGCGCACUGGCCAGCUGGUCUUUGGGUUUCUGGCGCUCCAGCGCGCAUGAAGACCAGCUGCCAUGCCGGAAAGCAGAAGACCAGCUGGCAACAGCACACAUGCCCACAGAGAAGGCUCUGUGUGCCACCUUUGACACUCGUGCCACAGGUUCGCCAUCACAGCCAUAAGCUAACAUCUGUUAACUACAGUACAAAACUCUGUAUAAAGUUCUCUACACAUCUUUCAGCCCUAGAUUGGUACUGAUAUGGAGGGGAGAGUGUUUUCAGAGGCUGGAUUUGGACCAAGAAUCUUCGUGCCUAGCUUCUUAAAAUUGUCAAAAAAUAAACUACCACCACCACUCCAGCCUCAAAAGAGAUGCCCAGACAUUUCUGAGUGUCUUUGCCAUUUCAGUUUUUCUGAGUAGCCCUGAUCAAAGAUUUAAACCCUUCUUUUUCAUCCUUACAUCCAACACUCUGUUACUUCACAACAUAUCCCACAAUAUUAUUUUCUCUUCUUCUUCUUCCUCCUCCUCCUCAGUAUCCAAUUGUGAAUAGGUAACAAUUCCGAUCUGAAGACAGUCAUGCUGCACUUUACAUGUGGAAGACAAAGAGCUGAAGUUUGUGGAAUUAGAGUUAAUAUUUUCAGGUAUCUUUUUUUUCCUCUCUGCUCUGAGUGAAUACAGGCAAGCGGUUUAGUAACUGGUACGCCUAAAACACCUCAUCCUGAGGCAUAAUUGAAUAGCAAUGCUGUGAUAAGUUACUAAUUGGUAAAUGCAACCUGUUGUCAAACAUCAAGCUUUGGGAUACUAAUAUGGUUCUAUUGUGAAUAUGGGAAAUUAGAGAUCUGGCUAAGGACAUUUUUCUGAUUUAAAAUACUCUGGCAUUUUAGGUACAUCCAGACACUGAUUUAAAUCUGACUGAGAAUAAUCAGCUUGCUUACCAAGCUAAUAGUCCUGGAUUCUCUGGGGAGAAACUGUAUCAAUUGACUUGGCAUAAAGAGUGAUAUAAAUCUUUACUUUAGAUAUACUCAGAAUCUCACUGAAUAUACAAGACUAUUAACUCCUGAAGCAUUGCAAAGACAUUCACCUAUUGGGUAAGAUUUUGAAUGGGACAUAGAAUGAAAAUGAUUUAUGAUUAAAAUUAUUCCUUUCUAAAGAACCUGCCAAAGGUUAAACAGAUUACAGGCUUUUUGUGAGGUGAGCAAGGAAACCAAGAGGUGCGUACUUAUUACUGUCACUUUCCUCAUAAUGCAUUGCAACUAAUGAAAGAGGACCAAUUUGGCCAGAGAUGUAUCUUUAAUUUUUUUUAGGAUUAAUGGAAAUGCAAAAUAUAUACUCAUUUCAUAUUUGAUAAAAUAACGUAAGGAAAGUGUUGAUCGGGCUAUAUGCAGCUGUGAUAUUAAUGAACUGGAGGUAGAAAGAGGGAGAAGAGGGAGAGCAUGUUUGGCAUGCAAAAAAUAGCAAAUUCAAAUCAUAGCAUUUCCAGGGUGAGCUGGCUAAGGUCCCUGAUCUAUAGUGCUUUCCAAGAUUUAAAUCAGAAUUGCUGAGCUACCUGGGGUUGAUAGCAUGAUAGUGUGUCUGGGAAUCCUGGUGAUUAAAAUCCUAUGCCAGAGGUGUCAAACUCAAGGCUUAGAUCUGACCUGCAGGGCUGCCCUGGAAACAGCGAAGGACCAGCCUGCAGUGCCUCUGCCAGCAAAAAAGGAGCUCUGGAGGGCCGCGUUAGCACUCGAACCACCACAGGUGCCCCCGACAUGAGUGAUGUUGAGUUUGCCACGCCCCCUUGCCCCCUUCCACAAGGUCAAACACAAUCCUGAUGCGGCCCUCAAUGAAAAUGAGUUAAAUACCCCUGUCCUACGCCAUCUGGAGAAUACUAGGUUGAGGAACUAUUAUAGGUGAUAUUGAUGAGACAGAUCAGUAAUUAAUAACAGGUUAAAAAAAAGUCCCUGAAAAUUCACAGAAAUUGCUGAUGGGUGGUUUGUACAUCCUUUGAUGAGUAGUCAUCCAAAAAUUGGAUGUGAACUUGGAGACAUAUUCAUGGAAAAAGAAGGUUCAUGGCAUUUAGGUGUUAGAAAGCUGUAAAUGCAAGAAAACAACAUUUUAUGCAAAAUAGGGAGUUCAGUCCUAAAAUAUAUUAAAAAGCAUCACAGGUAAGAAAGCAUUGUAUCAUAGGAUAAUGACUUACGUUGCUUUGGAAGAGAUUUAUGUUCCUCUUGGGUACAGAACAGGAACAGAGUGACCAGAUCUUUUCAUAAAGGGGUGCCCCAAGUCACAGGUUGUGUGUUCUAUAGAGCUACCACUGCCUUAUUAGUGAGAUUCAAUGGGAUGUUUUCCACCACACUGCACAACAGGAAGAGCACUGUACAUUCACAGUGAUUCUUUUUCCUCAGCCCUCCCACUAUCAUCACCACCCCUAAAUCCAAGAAAAUUACACAGAAAAAAACCCUGUGCUAUUAUCUCAUCCUUACUGACUUUAAGACAUGGACCCAACCCCUCUCUCAUACUUCAAAGUUACACAUUUGGGGGAAAGUACUAGUCUUUUCAGGUCAAUACACAAUUUCUUGUAUGCUGGGAGUACCUCAAAUGGAGCAAUUUAGUGGCAACUAUAAGAGAGACUAGAAAAACUGGAAUUAACCUUGCUGUAUUUUUAGACUUAAGCACUGGAAAAUGUUUCAGGAGCAAAAAUAGCACUCAUUUAGAUGUUCCAAAACCUGUCAGAAAACAUCUGAAGACUAGGCACCAGUUUGGCUGUAGUUCUGUUUCAGUUGGAGUCAAAGCACAAGCCAUAGAAAGGAUGAAAAAACUUACUCCACAGGGAAACAGUGAGUCAGUGAGAACACAUUGAGUAGUUCUUUUCCUUUCAGCACCUUCUCCUUCAAAUUUCUUGAGCUGCAGUUGUUCUGCUCCUUCCUCCUGGCAACCUCAGACCCUUUGAAAUGUGAAUAAGGAAUUUAUUUUUAUACUUUGUAAUUACUUUUUUGAAUCUACUUUUCAGGCACUUGGGUACUUUUAUAAACCAAAAGGGAAAAAUUAUGUUUAUGUACAUACAUAUGCAAAACCAAAUAUUUAUGUCUAAGAGAGAGAGAGAGAGAUUGUUUGAAUAUGGGGACAUGCUCAAAUCUAUUUAUUUUGCUAAUAUAUUUAUCCACGUGUAAAGCUGUUCAUGUGGCUGUUAUUUUUUUUUUCUGUAUAAAAUCAUGGGUGCCUAUGUUCAAGAGAUGCCUCUUCCUGUUUAUUUGUCAGAAAUAAAUUUUUUUAAAAUAUCUA